UCCUCAAUUUGGCGCACUAAUCCUAAAAGGAGCCAUGAAGUGUUAAAUGGUAGAAACAGAGAGAGCGGCGCCCAGACACCCGCACGCUGGGAGAGAGGGAGGAAACUGCGCUCCUCUGUGCAACACAGACUGAAGAAAAAAAAAAAAACUUAUCGACUCACGAAACCAAAACCUGCGCUGCGCAAUUAGUGCGAGAAAAUCCACUUUUUCCUUCGUGUUUUGAGGAAAAUAAAUAAAGAAAUCAAGCUGGCUCAGUGCGUGUCUCAGCAGCCCACUUUGACAGGUGCUCCUCACCCCCUUUGGAGGACUGUCAACAGCAAGAGGAUGGCAUCAGAGCUGGCAAUGAGCAACUCCGACCUGCCCACCAGUCCCCUGGCCAUGGAAUAUGUUAAUGACUUCGAUCUGAUGAAGUUUGAAGUGAAAAAGGAGCCGGUGGAGCCCGAUCGCAGCAUCAGCCAGUGCAGUCGCCUGGUCGCCGGGGGAUCCCUAUCUUCCACCCCGAUGAGCACGCCUUGCAGCUCGGUUCCCCCCUCUCCAAGCUUCUCGGCGCCGAGUCCGGGAUCAGGGAGCGAACAGAAGGCUCACUUGGAGGAUUUCUACUGGAUGACCGGAUACCAACAGCAGUUGAACCCCGAGGCUCUGGGCUUUAGCCCGGAGGACGCCGUAGAGGCGCUGAUCAGCAGCAGUCACCAGCUCCAGACCUUCGAUGGCUAUAGCAGAGGGCAGCAGUACGGCGGCGCAGCCGGGGCAGGAAGCGCCAUGGCCGGGGAGGAGAUGGGAUCAGCGGCCGCUGUGGUGUCCGCGGUUAUCGCUGCAGCCGCAGCUCAGAACGGGGCUCCCCACCACCACCACCACCAUCACCACCACCACCACACAGGGGCACACCACCCCUCCUCCGGGUCUCAGUCCGGCGGCGGCGCGGGAGGAAACCACCAGCACUUGCGCUUGGAAGAUCGGUUCUCGGACGAGCAGCUAGUGACCAUGUCGGUGAGGGAAUUGAACCGGCAGCUCCGGGGGGUGAGCAAGGAAGAGGUGAUCCGUCUGAAACAGAAGAGGAGGACACUUAAGAACAGAGGCUAUGCCCAGUCCUGCCGAUACAAGCGGGUCCAGCAGCGGCACGUCCUGGAGGGAGAGAAGACGCAACUCAUACAGCAGGUGGACCACCUCAAGCAGGAGAUCUCCCGGCUGGCCAGGGAGAGGGACGUCUACAAGGAGAAAUACGAGAAGCUCAUCAGCACCGGCUUCAGAGAAAACGGAGGAUCCAGCAGCGACAACAACCCCUCAUCCCCGGAGUUUUUCAUGACAUCAAGAAAAUUCCUCCAUCUGUGAUGGCUGUGACCUCUCCGUCCCACCAACUGGGAGUCUGAGAUGGACGGAUGGUGGGAUUGCAGAGGAUGGCUGAGGACGAUGGAGUGACUGAGGAAAAGUGAAGUCUAGUUUUAUGCGCCCUCACGAAUGGAAGAAUGAGUGGGAUCAAGGCAAAGUUAGAGAAGGAGUUGAGGGACUGAGCAAAAGGAAGGCACCAGGAUCUGAAU